GUCCUGUUGAAGGCCACUUGGUUUUGAUCCAGGGCUUUGGGCACGCUAAGCCAACACUGGCAGCUGAGCUGGAUCGGUAGCCUUUUCGCCUUCAGAGCUGGGACGGAAGCCACUGCUCUAGGCACACUGAGAAGUGAAGCAGGCUCCCAGCAAGGCAGCAACCUCACAGACAGAACCGGGGAGGAAAAUGAAGCUCCGGAUUUUCAUAGCAGACGCAUUCACGGCAACAGCUUUCCGUGGCAAUCCUGCCGCCGUCUGCCUCCUGGAAAAUGCACUGGCUGAGGACGCCCAUCAACAGAUCGCAAGGGAAAUGAACCUCUCCGAAACGGCUUUCGUCAGCAAACUGCAACCAAGUGACAACUUCACACAAAGUUCCUGCUUUGGACUGAGGUGGUUUACUCCAGUGAGUGAGGUUCCUCUGUGUGGUCACGCCACCCUGGCCUCUGCGGCUGUGCUGUUCCACAAGAUAAAGAACACAAACAACACUCUCACCUUUGCCACUAAGAGUGGGGAGCUGAAGGCCAGAAGAGCAGAGGAUGGGAUUGUCUUGGACUUUCCUCUCUACCCAGCCUUCCCCCAGGACUUCCAUGAGGUGGAAGACUUGAUAAAGACAGCCAUAGGUGACACUGUGGUCCAGGAUAUCCGGUACUCUCCAGAUACCCGAAAACUCCUGCUCCGGCUCAGCGAUUCUUACGACAGGUCCUUUCUGGAGACCCUGAGGGUGAACACAGAGCCUCUGCCUCAAAUGGAAAAGACAGGGAAGGUGAAAGGGCUCAUUCUCACUCUCAGAGGAGAGCCUGGGGGGCAGACACCCCACUAUGACUUCUACUCCCGGUACUUUGCACCAUGGAUUGGUUUGCCUGAAGACCCGGUAACAGGAGCUGCGCACACUGUUCUGAGCAGUUACUGGUCCCAGCAGCUUGGGAAGAAAGAGAUGCGAGCCUUUCAGUGUUCCCGCCGAGGAGGAGAACUGGACAUUUCCCUGCGACCUGAUGGACGAGUUGACCUGAAGGGUGGCGCUGCUAUUGUCCUAGAGGGCACGCUGACGGUCUAGAGAUUGCCGCGCACUGCGCCCCCGUGUCUGCGUUUGGUGCACUUUUACCCAGUUUGCGAGAUUCGGGCAAGGGGCAGGAGGUUAAAAUACACAAACACAUACAGACAGAGAGACAA